CGCACGGAAAACAAAACAAAAAUGUUCCCUCCCUCCCACUUCCUCUUCCUUCCUAUUCCAACUCCCCCCAAAAAAAGGUCACCAACCCAGAGCACCCGGAGCACCACCAAACGCCGGCCGGACGCAGAGGCAGGCAGCGGCAGAGGCCCGGCGCCCUUCCAUGCUCGCCGGCGCCGGCCGCCGCUGAUGCCCAGCCCGCCCAAGGACCGCCCCGCCGGCCGCCUCGGCCGCCUCAUCUCCGCGCUCCGCCCCGCGCGCGCCGGCCCGCUCCCCGUCCAGACCGGCUUCCCCACCUCCCUCGCCGACCUCUUCGUCAAGAACCAUGGCCGCCUCAAGAAGCAGCAGGGGCCCUCCUCCGGCAGGCGCAAGAGGCGCGGCGCUCCCCCCUUGCCUUCCCCGGUGCCCUCUCCCCCGCCUCCCUCUCCUCCACCGCCGUCGCCCCCGCCGGCCGCCGUCUCCCCGCCGUCGGCCCAGCCAGGGCCCGAUCCUCCGCGGGCGGAGCCCGUCUGCCGCCCCGGAGGCCAAGCCGCCGGCCUCGGAUUGGGGUUCCUCGCGCUCGUCGGCGUGGCGUCCCUCGCCCUCCUCGUGAUCUGGAGCAGGAAGGUGGUUGCGGCCGUCACCGUCGCCGCCUUCUCGCUCUUCCUGCUGGAAUCCGUCAGGGCGUCCUCGCUUCGACGGCGGCCCCGGCCCCCGGCGCCCACCACGGAGCUGGAUAUCGACGGGCGCGGCUACGUCUCGCCGAUCCGGGAGCUGGAGGCGGAGCCGGAGCCGCUGGGAUCGAGCUUCUCCGACUCCGGCAGGGGGUUCAGCGCCUCCACCCUCGGCAUUGACGAGAGGAGCGAGGCCGGCGAGGAUUCGUGCGUUUGGGAGCCGAAGCCGAGGAAGAGGUCGCCGUGGAGGAAGCUGAUCCCCCGAAAAUUGCAGAGAGGCCGGAAGGUUGCCAAGGACUCGGGCUCCCUGUCAAGUUCUUUCCGGUCAAGUUCCUUCCGCAGCGAGGUCAGCCUAGCGGAUUCAACGGUCGGCGGCAAUGCAAUUGCCAGGGCGACGGAUCCCCCGGACUCUCGCCGCGGCAGACGCAGCCAAGCGAAUGCCAAGGGGGAGACCGCCGCUGCCAGAUCGCGGGACUCAUCGGGCCGUCUCCGCCUUGGCAUCAUGGGCGACGGCGACGGCGCCGGCAUCAAAUCCGCUGAUUCAUCGGGCCCUCUCCGCGGCAUGGGCGGCGCCGAGGUGCGCAACAACGGCGCUUCGAUAGAAAUCGAGGAGCCGGCCGGUGUCGCGGUGGCGGACGGCGUUGGCGUAGGACGAGGAGGAGGAGGAGGGUUUCCCUUGGCAGCUGUGACCGUGGUCGUCCUCGUAGGCUUGGUCGCCGGGCGGCUCCCGGCCGUGGCGCUCACCGUGCUGGUGUGCGCGGCGCUCCAGAGACUGCGGCGGGACGGGACGGUGGUGCCGGCUUGGGAGGGGAGGGGAGGCGGUUAGAGCUUUCCAUGGCGGGCGUAGGAGGAGCCUCCCGAUCCCAAGGUUGAUGUAUGUAAAUUAGUGAGUGAGUGCCAUUAAACAGCAGGAGUGAGUGAACGGUGGUACUAUAAUCCUUCCUUACUACAUACUUGUUCUUAAGUUAUUCAAAAGCUUGAGCGCAUUCCGUGAUC